CUUCAUCAUCCACCUCACCGUAUCCACAUCUACGUCAGUAUCGUAAACACCUCAAUUAUGGCUCCCGAACACGAUGUAUAUCGCAGAGUUGGCCGAGGAGGUGCAGGAAACUAUUAUCCUUCGACUGAAGUUGACGAAGCUGCUAGGGACCUUGAGGCUCAGGAUCUCGCCACAAACCCUGCGCCUCCUCCGGACCGCAAGACGGCCCACCUCCCCGCGCGAGCCGGCCGCGGCGGUGCCGGAAACUAUGUUGACCCGGCGGAUCUGCCGGAUGCGCGGGAGCAGGAGGAGAUGGCGGACAAGACGGCCGCGGCCGUGAGCGCGAGCCUCAAGCGAAAUAGCCAGCACAUCCGCGGGGGCCUUGCGGGUCGUGGAGGAGCCGGUAACUGGAAGACUGAGGAGGAGCAGGAGCAUCAUCAGAAGACCAAGGGUGAGGAGCUGGAGAAGAAGGUCAAGGAGGCUGUUGAGAAGGGGCUCAAGAUGCCCGACAGGGUCCAUCACAGCACUGACAAGUAUGAUGAUGAGGCUUGAAGAGAUGUGAUGUUGGCUUCGGAUCGAGAGAUGAUACCCGUUGAGGGAGAGAGAUGGUUAAAUUGAAGAUUUCAUUGAUAGAUGUACUCACAAUAUAAAGACCUCACAAUGCCUACAAAGUUCUUGCUC